CAAAGCCUGGUCUGCAAUACGUGAGCCAGUGGAUUACUCUGCUCUUAGAGAGACUACUGAAGGAGGGAUCAGCGUACACCAUAGGAAACACUGAGCUGGGGGCUUGUAUUUUGUGCAACUGAAUCAUGCAACACAGCUACCUAUAUCCACAAGUGUAUAUGGUGGAUGGCAAUCCAAACCUCAAUCCUUAUGUUCCUGGACCAGCCUGGGCACUGCCCACCUUGAAGAAAAAGAGAAAACUGGACUGGAGGACCAAGGGCACCAUUCUGCUUCUGAACCUGGUCCUCCUGGCACUGAUCGGGCUGGCUCUAGGGGCAGUCUAUUUACUCAAGAUUCAAAAGGAGAUCCGAGAAAUGAAACAGGAUAAUGGAAACAAGGGUCCAUAUGCAGAGAAAAUUAUUGGAGCUCAGAACAUCACAAAGCUAACCAAGGAUCUCAGAACAGCAGCACAUCUCACAGGGGAUUCAAUCACUGCAGGUUCCAACCCACUUGUGUGGGAUGAUCGGAGAGGCCUUGCCUUCACCAGUGGGGUACUAUACAAAGACAGAGGCCUGAUUGUCAAUGAAACUGGGAUUUUCUUUGUCUACUCCAAGAUCUAUUUCCGAUCACAGAAGUGUGACCCUAGGAAGAACUUAGAACACAUCCUGUUCAAACGAACACACCGCUAUCAUAAAGACGUGAUUCUAAUGGAAGCCAGGAAAAAAAACUAUUGUUCUGUGAAUGAAGGGGAAUGGGCUACAAAUAGUUAUCAAGCAGGAGUACUACGCCUUUUUAAAGGUGAAUCCAUUUAUGUAAAUGUGUCAGAUUCAAAGCUAGUUAACUUCGAUGAGACAAAAACUUUCUUUGGAUUGUAUAAGCUUUAGUUCACAUUGCUAAUUUAUAUAUUAUUGAAAAACUGAAAUAACUCUAUUUAAAAAAAAAUAAAAAUGCACUCUACCUACUCAUGUCCCAAGCACCACCAUUUAAAAUCCUUAGGCUUUAAUUCCUCCCAAGACCCAGAACGUCAUUUCCCAACCAGUAACAGAUUUGAGAAGGCAAUGAACCUUGAUAUUCCUAUGCUUUUUCCCAGAGAAUGAAACUGUUCCUCCCCUUGGCACCUCCCCAGUGGCCCAGCCUGAGAAAGAGUAUUUGCCGUGUGAGGGAAAAGGGGGAGGAUGGGGCACAGAGUGAAAAGAGGUGGCACUUGUAGAGUGCACUAGUACACUGAUGUACUGUGAUGCCACACCACUUGCAGUUGUGUUGCUCUUCCAACUGUUGUCUGUUGACUUAUCAGCAUUGGCAAACAGGUUGUAAUACGCAGCAAAUAACAACUGUUAUAAUGAUAUACUUGCACAGUAUUCAAAAAUAUAAGGAAAAUGUAUAUGCAACAAUUGGAACUGUGCAAACAUUGAAGAAGACCACUUUGAUUUGGAACAGGAAUGGUCAUGAUAGCCUUGGACACUGAUAAAGCUCUUGGCCUUAAUAAUGAUUUAAUCAUUUCCGAAGCCUGCUUGAAUUGGGCUAAAGUGCAAAUGGAACUGGCUGUAAAUGCAAAUUUAUCCCAGUGAAAUAUAGAGAGGCUUUGCCUGAGAAAUGUACUGUUCUGUAUGGAUAGCGUUAUGGCAUUACUGAUUUGUGAUUGUUCAAUGUGAAAAGUACCUGUGGCAGCAAAGCAUGUCCGAAUGGACAGACCCUUUGAAUUUAUAUCACUUUAAACCACAGCACACUAUGGUAAUCAAUUUAUGAUUAGUUUUUGUGCAAUAAUAACUUCCACAAUGAUAAUUGUAGAAUGUAAUUCUUAGAUUUGUUUAUUUUUAUAUAAGGCAAAUUAUUUAUGAAUAAAACUCAAUUUUGGAAAACAAA